AACCACUCACGUGAUCACCCAUGUACGCUGAAUUCUUGAACAAAUUAUUUACGAAGAAACCAUUCGGAGUGAUGCGUCGCUCGAACAAAUCACACAAGGUUCCCAAUGUUAAACUUAGACCUGCUCAACCACGAUCCAGUCAUGCUCACCCGAUGGACGCGCCAUAUGACCAUAGCUCAGACUUCGAACUUGUCCCUCCCAAUGCGAGUAUGAUUGACCUGUGUCCUAGACCGUUCAGGGGUGUUACGCUUUGCGCGACUGGUACAAUGGAUAAGGCUACCUUGUUUAAACAAGCAUUUGAACUCGGCGCAACAUCCACUAGCGACUUUACAGACAGAGUGACUCACUUAAUAGCGAACAAUCACGGUGGAGCGAAGUAUGCGUGCGCGCUAGAACGCAAAAUACCCAUCAUGCGUCCCGAGUGGAUAACAGAUGCAUACCAUGUUUGGUUGCGUGGAGAUGACGUCGACCUAGCAGAGACUGUUUCUACGCACCGCCUUCCCAUCUUCUCCGGUGUCAUACUCUCACUAUCAGGUAUUGAUGACAUUGAGCAACGUGCAAACAUAAACCGCACCCUCACUAGAUACGGUGGGACAUAUGUCAAAGCCAUAGAACGCCCUGUCAAGGUUACACAUCUACUAUGUGCGGGCGACAAUGAGACCGAGAAGAUGCGCUACGCUGAUAAAUUCAACAAACGUGGUGAGGCAAAAAUCCACGUUGUUUGGGAGGAGUGGUUCUGGGACUGCUUGGAAUUCGGAGGACGCUUCGAGGAAAAGCGUUACGUCGUCACCCGGCCGAGGCCAGAGAGGAAGACUAUGAACGAAGAGCUCACCACCUCAAUGCCAGUCCACGACUCUGCCCCAAGCACACAUCCUUCGAAUGCAAUUCCUGCCGACUGCCACCUACUUAGGACGUCCGCCCCACCGAAACCAAGUCACGAACAUGAUAUAUUGGAUGAGGAGGAACCUGCAUCCCUUGCACGCACUCCCGUUCGAGCAGUGACGCUUCAGCUCUGGGGGAGUCUCUUACGUCCACGUGGUUUCGAGAUCGAUCCAGUUGCGAACAAACUUGUGCGUAGUCCUUCAAAGUCACAGUCAAUAGCAAGUCCGCAGAUGUCGCCGACACGGUUACCAGCAUAUCUUACGCCUGAUGUGCGAACGAGAACUACAGAUAAGGUGAUAGAACCUCAAGGGAAAUCCGUGAUUUCGUCAUUCAAACGCGCCAAGUCGUUUGCGCCGCCUGCAAAGGAGCCGAUGACGCGGCAGCCGUUCAGGCGGACAACCACUAUUGCAGCUCUGGGACCUGAGGACGCAGAGGGGAGCACAUUACCUCGCCAACCUGAGGUGGAGGACUCUUCGAUAACGACACUCUUUGCGGGUUACUGCUUCCGUCUACUUGGGGAGGCGAAGUGUGCGAAUGUGCGCAAUGCUAUUGAUCGCGGGGGAGGCGUGGUCAUGGACGAAGAUACUGACGAUGUCGAUUUCAUCGUGGUGCGACUCAUUAGUGGGAGCAAACUCUACCAGAACGAACCUGAUGAGAGAUUACGCGCCAAAUAUCGCACAGAAUGUUGGCUCGAACACUCGGUCUUCCAAGAGCGAAUAUGUGGACCGCACGAGAAUAUAUCAUUUAGGCCUCUUAGCCUUCCUUAUCCAAUACCUAACACCGAACAAAUUAUUCUCAGCCUUUCUGGACUUGAUCAAUCUGAGCUAUGCUGGACAAAACGUUUACUGCGGGCGUUGGGUAUAACGCUUGCCCAGAUAUUCUCUCGACGUUCGACGCACCUACUUUGUCCGAGUGCUUGCGGUACUAAGUACGACAAGGCAAAAGAGUGGAACAUCCCUGUCGUGGGCAUGGCAUGGCUAGAGGAUAUGGCGAAGGAGGGUAAGGUACCUGACAUCAGCGAAUAUCUCAUUGGCGACAUUGGCAACCGAGUGGCAAAGGGUAAGGCAAAGGAGAUGGUGGAUACUACCAAUUCUCACAGCAAGUUUUUCGUAAAACAGCCACAUCUCUUGCAAGAUCUCCGAACACCUACUCUCCUUGACAUCGAGCAUGCUCCUCCAGCGACGUUCUUCGGCGAGUCGAAUGGCUCGCUCGACGGCGCUCUGCCACAAUGCGAGGGUGACGAUAGGGCGCGGUUUUCAACCUCUCCGCCUCCUCUGCCACCACAGAGUAGCUCACCCCCACUCGAAUAUGUUGCUGUGCACCCUGCACGCCGGAGACAUCUUUUAUCCUCUGAAGACCUUGAUCCUCCAGUCCCAUCCCUGGAUGAGAACGGACGCAUACCCUCCUCCAGCUCGCCAUCGCCAAUGAAGCUUCCACCCAGCUCAGGUGUACGGUUGACGUGCGAACCCUCGCCAGUGCGAGUGCCUAAUCCAAGAGACGUUGCCCGCGAGCUACAAGAAAGCCUGACAACGCUACUUGGGAAGAGACAGGUAUCAGAAGAUGACAUUAUGCGCCCGGAACAGCGAAAAGGCAAGCGGCCGCGCCCACUGCCGCGCCCCGGGGUGCAAUCUCGGCAGGAAUCACGCGAGACCAUCACUAGGGAGCCCCCGGCACGACUUGUGCCGCUUCCGCAGCCCAUGUAUUAUGACGCGAUGAGCCUGCUGGACGGGAGCGCGCGCCCGAGUGAGGAUAGUCUGCGCGUGACGUAUGAGGAUCCUGGGCAGGAGGCGGAGAAGCGGAAGCUGAUGGCUUUACUUGGGGAGGAGAAUGUGGGUAGGAAGGGCAGGAGGAAGAGCACGAGGAUAGCGGGUUACUGAUAUGCAUUCGAGUGCUGUAUCUCUUGUAGCAUAUUAUUAUAUCAUCUAGCCUGCCAGAAUAUUGAAACAUUAGCAUUAACAGUCUACAGGAGUUCAUGGGCAUUAAUGGGGUAGUGGUAACCUGGGUCGUUGCCAUCGACCCGCCGGGGGUUCGAUUCCCCCUUAAUGCA